CGAGAAGACCAGGAGGCGAAGGUGAAGGUGAAGGUGAAUGCUGCUGCAGCGGACAAUCGCUCUCUCGCCGGCACCGUCGCAACUAGUCAUAUUCGCACGUCUUUGCGACAAACAGCGUCUGAACAGACGCGCUCUGUCCAGCACUCGUCCCAAGAUGGCCCCCCGUCCAGUGCCCCUUGCACGUUCCGUCUGCGACUCGCUCGGCCUGUCUCCGUCGGAGCUGGCCUUUCGCGAGGGAAGCGCGACGAUUGUGCUUCCAUCGAAGGAGGCGGCCUUUUUGAAUCCCGUUCAAGAGUUCAACCGGGACGUUAGCACGCUGGCUAUUCGCGCUUGGUCCGAGCAGAAGAAUGAGGAGAGGAUGGAAAAGUACAAGCAGAUCAACGUCAAGAAGAUGGAAAAGAAGAGGAGGAAGCUCACUGCCGGAAGCGAAGCUGGUCCGAGCAGCAAGAAACUCAAGGAAGAAAACGGCAGUGCAGGUGUCAAGGCUGCAGAGGGAGAGAUCAUUGGUAACGUCGCGGAGGAUGCCGCCGUUGAUGAGGAGGACGACGAGGAAAGUGCGCCCGCUGCAGUAGAGGGCGACGGAGAGGGGCAGGACCUCAUGGCUGGCUUCAGAAACUAUCGCUUCACGCUGCUCGAAGCGCUCAGCGCGACGGGGCUACGAAGUAUCCGGUAUGCAAGAGAGAUCCCUCUACUUAGAACCGUCAUAGCAAAUGACCUCUCCUCGUCGGCCGUCGUUGCCAUGAAGCGGAAUGUUGCUUUAAACUUUCCAGCUGGCAAACCGAUCGAGGAGUGGGUGCCGACAAAGGAGACGUCAGCCAAACAAGUGGAGGAUGAGGAGGCGGUCGCUCAAGAUAAUGGCAGCAGGGAAGCAGAUGUCGCCACCCUCGGCGACUCUAGAGCGUCAGAAGGAGAAGCGAGUUUGAAAUUCGCCAAAGAGAAAGCGGAAGCGGAAGCAGAGGCGAAGAAACCGCUUGAGGACAAGAUUCACCCGCAGUGUAAGGUGCGAAUCAACGAAGGAGAUGCGAUGUCGGUCAUGUACUCGCACCGCGACGAGAAGAAUCGUUUCGAUGUGGUGGACUUGGACCCAUACGGGAGCGCCUCGAUCUUUAUCGAUGGUGCGGUCCAGUCUGUUCGGGAUGGGGGUCUGCUCUGCAUAACAUGCACCGAUCUGGCCGUCCUGGCAGGGUCGUCGUAUCCCGAAAAGUGCUUCACUUCUUACGGCGGCACUACGACCAAAGCAGAGUUCAGUCACGAAUUUGCACUCCGCCUUGUCCUCCAUACUGUUGCCACGAGUGCAGCACGAUACGGCCGGUACAUUGAACCGCUCCUCUCACUCUCCAUUGACUUCUAUCUUCGAAUCUUCGUUCGCGUCCAUACCAAGCCGCUUGAGGUCAAGAAGCUACCCAGCAAAACCGGCCUUGUCUACACAUGCACCGGCUGCCAAAAUUGGGCCGAACAUCGAAUGGGACGUGUGAGCAACGUCGAUGGGAGAGAAAAGUUCCACCCAAGUCAGGUCCCUCAGGUUGGAUCAAGCUGCAGUGAAUGCGGGUCGCGAUACCAUACGGCUGGACCAAUGUGGCUAGGACCGCUCCACGAUCGAGAGUUUUGCUCGAAGAUGCUUGAGAUCCUAGACCGAGCACCAGAGCGCUUCGGGACAAGCAAACGGAUUCACGGCAUGGUUGGGACUGCGGCUGAUGAACUCGAGGCGCCCUUCUACUUCACCCCUGCAAAGGUGGCUAGCUUCUUCCACUGCACCUCUCCGCCCCUUCAGAACGUCGUUUCGGCUCUGCUCAAAGCUGGUCACGCCGUCUCGCGCUCCCACACGAUCCCAGGAUCCAUCAAGACGACGGCAGCGCGCAGCGUCGUGCAGGACAUCAUCCGGAGCUGGGUCAAGCUCCACCCCGUCUCGGAAAAUAAGAUCAAAGAGGGUAGCCCGACGAAAGCAUUACUGGAGAAGAAGCCAGAGAGGGAGUACGACGUCUCGGAACCCUUCCAUGCCGAGACAAGCGCACUUUUGCAAGGUAGCAGGGGCGGGCAGGGAACGCGAUACCAGAUGAAUCCAACGAGGGAGUGGGGUCCGGGCACGGCGGCGAGGACAACAAAGGCGUCAAGCAACAAAAGGGAGGAAAAGAGCGACGACAGCAACGGCCUUUAUCGUGGACCUCGAUGAAUGCUCUCAUGCACUGUUGUAUAAUAUAAACAGCGGCCACUUGAUCCAAUGGCAGGAAAAGUGAAAAGGC